AUGGUUUCGAUAUAUAGCAUUAGGAGACCAACGUGUGCGACCAGUCUAGGAGUCAUUAAAUGUACGACCAAUCUAGAAGUCAUUAAAUGUACGACCAAUCUAGAAGUCAUUAAAUGUACGACCAAUCUAGAAGUCAUUAAAUGUACGACCAAUCUAGGAGUCAUUAAAUGUACGACCAGUCUAGGAGUCAUUAAAUGUACGACCAAUCUAGGAGUCAUUAAAUGUACGACCAAUCUAGGAGUCAUUAAAUGUACGACCAAUCUAGAAGUCAUUAAAUGUACGACCAAUCUAGAAGUCAUUAAAUGUACGACCAAUCUAGAAGUCAUUAAAUGUACGACCAAUCUAGGAGUCAUUAAAUGUACGACCAAUCUAGGAGUCAUUAAAUGUACGACCAGUCUAGGAGUCAUUAAAUGUACGACCAAUCUAGGAGUCAUUAAAUGUACGACCAAUCUAGAAGUCAUUAAAUGUACGACCAAUCUAGGAGUCAUUAAAUGUACGACCAAUCUAGAAGUCAUUAAAUGUACGACCAAUCUAGAAGUCAUUAAAUGUACGACCAAUCUAGAAGUCAUUAAAUGUACGACCAAUCUAGAAGUCAUUAAAUGUACGACCAAUCUAGAAGUCAUUAAAUGUACGACCAAUCUAGAAGUCAUUAAAUGUACGACCAAUCUAGGAGUCAUUAAAUGUACGACCAAUCUAGGAGUCAUUAAAUGUACGACCAAUCUAGAAGUCAUUAAAUGUACGACCAAUCUAGAAGUCAUUAAAUGUACGACCAAUCUAGAAGUCAUUAAAUGUACGACCAAUCUAGAAGUCAUUAAAUGUACGACCAAUCUAGAAGUCAUUAAAUGUACGACCAAUCUAGAAGUCAUUAAAUGUACGACCAAUCUAGGAGUCAUUAAAUGUACGACCAAUCUAGAAGUCAUUAAAUGUACGACCAAUCUAGAAGUCAUUAAGUGCACGACCAAUCUAGGAGUCAUUAAAUGUACGACCAAUCUAGAAGUCAUUAAAUGUACGACCAAUCUAGAAGUCAUUAAAUGUACGACCAAUCUAGAAGUCAUUAAAUGUACGACCAAUCUAGGAGUCAUUAAAUGUACGACCAAUCUAGAAGUCAUUAAGUGUUCGACCAAUCUAGAAGUCAUUAAAUGCAAGACCAAUCUAGGAGUCAUUAAGUGCACGACCAAUCUAGAAGUCAUUAAAUGUACGACCAAUCUAGGAGUCAUUAAAUGUACGACCAAUCUAGAAGUCAUUAAAUGCACGACCAAUCUAGGAGUCAUUAAGUGCACGACCAAUCUAGGAGUCAUUAAGUGUACGACCAAUCUAGGAGUCAUUAAAUGUACGACCAAUCUAGAAGUCAUUAAGUGUACGACCAAUCUAGGAGUCAUUAAAUGUACGACCAAUCUAGAAGUCAUUAAAUGUACGACCAAUCUAGAAGUCAUUAAAUGCAAGACCAAUCUAGGAGUCAUUAAGUGUACGACCAAUCUAGGAGUCAUUAAGUGCACGACCAAUCUAGGAGUCAUUAAAUGUACGACCAAUCUAGAAGUCAUUAAGUGCACGACCAAUCUAGGAGUCAUUAAAUGUACGACCAAUCUAGAAGUCAUUAAGUGCACGACCAAUCUAGGAGUCAUUAAAUGUACGACCAAUCUAGGAGUCAUUAAGUGUACGACCAAUCUAGAAGUCAUUAAAUGUACGACCAAUCUAGAAGUCAUUAAAUGUACGACCAAUCUAGAAGUCAUUAAAUGCAAGACCAAUCUAGGAGUCAUUAAAUGUACGACCAAUCUAGGAGUCAUUAAGUGUACGACCAAUCUAGGAGUCAUUAAAUGUACGACCAAUCUAGAAGUCAUUAAAUGUACGACCAAUCUAGGAGUCAUUAAAUGUACGACCAAUCUAGGAGUCAUUAAAUGUACGACCAAUCUAGGAGUCAUUAAAUGUACGACCAAUCUAGGAGUCAUUAAAUGUACGACCAAUCUAGGAGUCAUUAAAUGUACGACCAAUCUAGAAGUCAUUAAAUGUACGACCAAUCUAGAAGUCAUUAAAUGUACGACCAAUCUAGGAGUCAUUAAAUGUACGACCAAUCUAGAAGUCAUUAAAUGCAAGACCAAUCUAGAAGUCAUUAAAUGUACGACCAAUCUAGAAGUCAUUAAAUGUACGACCAAUCUAGAAGUCAUUAAAUGUACGACCAAUCUAGAAGUCAUUAAGUGUACGACCAAUCUAGGAGUCAUUAAAUGUACGACCAAUCUAGAAGUCAUUAAAUGUACGACCAAUCUAGAAGUCAUUAAAUGUACGACCGAUCUAGAAGUCAUUAAAUGUACGACCAAUCUAGAAGUCAUUAAAUGUACGACCGAUCUAGAAGUCAUUAAAUGUACGACCAAUCUAGGAGUCAUUAAAUGUACGACCAAUCUAGGAGUCAUUAAGUGUACGACCGAUCUAGAAGUCAUUAAAUGUACGACCGAUCUAGAAGUCAUUAAAUGUACGACCAAUCUAGGAGUCAUUAAAUGUACGACCAAUCUAGGAGUCAUUAAAUGUACGACCGAUCUAGAAGUCAUUAAAUGUACGACCAAUCUAGGAGUCAUUAAAUGUACGACCAAUCUAGAAGUCAUUAAGUGUACGACCAAUCUAGAAGUCAUUAAAUGUACGACCAAUCUAGAAGUCAUUAAAUGUACGACCAAUCUAGGAGUCAUUAAAUGUACGACCAAUCUAGGAGUCAUUAAAUGUACGACCAAUCUAGGAGUCAUUAAAUGUACGACCAAUCUAGAAGUCAUUAAAUGUACGACCAAUCUAGAAGUCAUUAAAUGUACGACCAAUCUAGAAGUCAUUAAAUGUACGACCAAUCUAGAAGUCAUUAAAUGUACGACCAAUCUAGGAGUCAUUAAAUGUACGACCAAUCUAGAAGUCAUUAAGUGUACGACCAAUCUAGGAGUCAUUAAAUGUACGACCAAUCUAGAAGUCAUUAAAUGUACGACCAAUCUAGAAGUCAUUAAAUGUACGACCAAUCUAGGAGUCAUUAAAUGUACGACCAAUCUAGGAGUCAUUAAAUGUACGACCAAUCUAGGAGUCAUUAAGUGUACGACCAAUCUAGAAGUCAUUAAAUGUACGACCAAUCUAGAAGUCAUUAAGUGCACGACCAAUCUAGAAGUCAUUAAAUGUACGACCAAUCUAGAAGUCAUUAAAUGUACGACCAAUCUAGGAGUCAUUAAAUGUACGACCAAUCUAGAAGUCAUUAAAUGUACGACCAAUCUAGAAGUCAUUAAAUGUACGACCAAUCUAGGAGUCAUUAAGUGCACGACCAAUCUAGGAGUCAUUAAGUGCACGACCAAUCUAGAAGUCAUUAAAUGUACGACCAAUCUAGGAGUCAUUAAAUGUACGACCAAUCUAGGAGUCAUUAAGUGCACGACCAAUCUAGGAGUCAUUAAAUGUACGACCAAUCUAGAAGUCAUUAAAUGUACGACCAAUCUAGGAGUCAUUAAAUGUACGACCAAUCUAGGAGUCAUUAAAUGUACGACCAAUCUAGAAGUCAUUAAAUGUACGACCAAUCUAGAAGUCAUUAAGUGUACGACCAAUCUAGAAGUCAUUAAGUGUACGACCAAUCUAGGAGUCAUUAAAUGUACGACCAAUCUAGAAGUCAUUAAAUGUACGACCAAUCUAGGAGUCAUUAAAUGUACGACCAAUCUAGGAGUCAUUAAAUGUACGACCAAUCUAGGAGUCAUUAAGUGUACGACCAAUCUAGAAGUCAUUAAAUGUACGACCAAUCUAGAAGUCAUUAAGUGCACGACCAAUCUAGGAGUCAUUAAAUGUACGACCAAUCUAGGAGUCAUUAAAUGUACGACCAAUCUAGGAGUCAUUAAAUGUACGACCAAUCUAGGAGUCAUUAAGUGUACGACCAAUCUAGAAGUCAUUAAAUGUACGACCAAUCUAGAAGUCAUUAAAUGUACGACCAAUCUAGGAGUCAUUAAAUGUACGACCAAUCUAGGAGUCAUUAAAUGUACGACCAAUCUAGGAGUCAUUAAAUGUACGACCAAUCUAGGAGUCAUUAAAUGCACGACCAAUCUAGAAGUCAUUAAAUGUACGACCGAUAUAGAAGUCAUUAAAUGUACGACCAAUCUAGGAGUCAUUAAGUGCACGAUCUAUGUAGGAGUCAUUAAGUGCUUAACUUGUGACGCUUGGGGUUUUAUAUAA